AUGGCUACAAGCGCCGAAUCAUCAGCUAUGGCCAUCGCCAAAAGCGGCUCAGACACAGCCGACGUUGUCAUUUGGGGCCUUGUCUAUAAUGAUGAUUACAAGAAAGGUGUGAAAGAGAAAACCGCUAGUCAGUUUUACGAAAAGAGCUUGCGCCAGAAGGGCAAAUCCGCGACCAAGGAAGUGAUGGGCGAGAAGAACACAGCCCCAACAGACCAAGUACUUAAGGCAUUGAUAUUAGGAGACGAUAAACGACUAGAAGUUCCCGAGGCUACAUCAUACCGCUAUGUCUAUGGACCUAGCGAGCCCCAAACCGCACCGGCGAGGUACACUCCCCGGACUAGCAUGUAUGAUAUUCAUUGGGAAAUGAUCGCCACGGACGGAAAGUCGUAUCACAAAGCUGACGAGCGAGAUGGUGUCAAUCCCCAAAAUAUGGGCCCGGGUAAAGGAAGUCCACAUACGCUCUGUGAUGUUGAAAAGGACAUCUUCAUCAUAGACAGAUACGCUUUGGCAUUUGUCGAGCGUCCCGAUGGCGUCAAUAGAAACGACAAGGUUGAUAUCUUUGAGACGAAUGAUACCAAGAAAGCUCGUCAACGGAUUCCGGAUUGGCUUCUACGCCCCAGGAAUGUUCUCUUCAACAUUAAUGAUCCGGGAAGUCUUCUGAUUUACUUGGAUCUUCUCGAAAGAGCAUCUACAUACGGAAAGGACGGAAGCAAGGACCUUAUCAAUGAGAAGAAAACAGUUGGCUUCUUCUCGGGGCCCAAGCAAUGUAAUCACAACAAUUGCCACGAGUGGCGUAGUGAACAAGCGAAGAAAAUGCGGACGCCAGCGCAAAAAAAUAUCCUAAAGCAACCUUGGUGGGUCUUUGCUGACUUCUGUCCGAUGGGCACGACUGCGAUCUCAUUCAAAACUUCGCAGCACCCUGAGGAUGUAAUUUCCGCCGAGGGCAUCCAUAAUGCGGAUGCAAACCGUUGUCGCGCCUUCUGCCACGCGAUGCUGAACCAUUCUCCCUUUAAGGAGGGUUAUGCCAUCCACCGACAAGGCCAUAUGUUCCCGCUCUUGGUUCACGCUAGUGGUCAGUGUUUAACUCCCAAUGACACUGGAAGGGACCAACUGGAUGCUAUUGUUAGCCAAGUUGAGGAUGGCCGCACGUGCUAUGGCUGUGCCGAGCAGCGCGAUCCAUCAAAGAUCUUCGCAAAUAAUAGCAUUCUUAAAGAUCAAGCUACGGGGCUGAUCUAUCUCAACUAUGAGGUAGAUGAGGAUACAGUGAUGGCAGAUGGGUAA